CAUUCACGUUCUUCCCUCCUCGUUUUCCGCUCUUCCCCAUUUUCCGAUCAAAACAAAAUGUGUCCCACCGGCCGGACCCUAUCGUCGGCGCCGGCCCUGACCUCCUCUUCCUCCUCCACCGAUCUCCGCCCCGCGUUCGACGUCCUCGACGCUGACCGCGACGGCAAGAUCAGCAAGGACGACCUCCGCGCCUUCUACGCCGGGUUCUCCUCCUCCGGCGCCGACGAGAGCCUCAUCCGCGCCAUGAUAUCCGCCGCCGACUCCAACUCCGACGGCUUCGUCGAGUACGACGAGUUCGAGCGCGUCCUCGCCUGUCAGAAGAACGCCGCAGCCGGCGGCGUCAUGGAGGACGUGUUCAAGGUCAUGGAUCGCGACGGCGACGGGAAGCUCAGCCAUGAGGAUUUAAAGAGCUACAUGAGCUUGGCCGGGUUUCCGGCCAGCGACGACGACAUUGCGGCCAUGAUUAGAUUGUGCGGCGGCGAUGAAACUCAGGGCGUCGACUACGCCGGGUUGCUGAGGAUCCUGGCCGUUGAUCGAGUCUGCUAAGAGUCGGUAGUCUUUGUUUAAAUAAUGAAAUUUCCAGCUAUGGAAGUAACAAGAGAUUGUUAGGAUCUUUGUCUUGAGGUAAAACCGUAAAAGUGAGAACCAAAAUCAUUGUUCUUGUUUGAAUCUGAAUCUGAUUCCGAAACAGAGCAAAACCAAAGCUUAUGGCUGUGUUUAAUUUUGGGUUGGUUUUGUUAUAGUUGUUUGUUAGCUAAUGCGUCUUGGGUGGCUCCAAAUAUGUGUUGUAGAAAUUAGAAGAGCAUAUAUUUGGAAUCAUUCUUGGACUUCAUCAUAUUCGAAUUUGUGUCUGGAAUCUGGAAUACGUUAAUGCAAUGCAAACUUCAAUUUUGUUUGA